CCCAAUUAUAACACGCGCAAAUUUACAAAUAUUCAAUUGUUUUAUCCUACUUCAGCACACCAUAACCCAGUUACUAGUUAGUGCCUUUUUAUAUUGCCGGCCCCAUUCUCCGGCGAUCUACUUCUGUAAUAAAUGGCGACGGAGGCAUCAUCUAUCAUUACCGGAACCACCACGAGCUUCCGGUUACAGCCCUCACGCUCCGCCGCAUUUCGCUUCCGUCAAAGCAACUAUAACAAAAGCGGUCUGUUAUUCUGUCAUCGUGCUUCUCUAAUUGCCUCCUCCUGUAAGCUCAAUAUCAACACUAAAGAAACAUCUCGAUCGAUUGUUACUCAUUGCGCCGCUGAAAGAUCCGCCGACACGGGAGAUAAUGUUGACGGAAGUAGUACAAGCUACAACAAUGCUGAUGCUGCUUCUAAUUUAGCUAAUGGAUUUAAAAUAUUUUUGGAUUUUACAGUGUCUAACUUUCUUCCUAUAGCUUUAGUAAGUGCAGUAGCUUUAGGAAUGGCUAAUCCAAGUGCUGGUUGUUAUGCUCAUAAGUAUUCUUUAUCCAAGUAUACUACUUUUCUUACCUUCUUUGUUUCAGGAUUAAAGUUGAAAGGCAAAGAAAUUGGAGAAAUUGCAGAAUCAUGGCCUUUAGCUCUAGUUGGACUAGCUUCUAUCUUGUUUUUUACUCCUUUGUUCUCCUAUCUUAUUUUGCAAGUUCGGCUUUCACCUCAAGAGUUUGUUACUGGAUUGGCUAUUUUCUGUUGUGUGCCGACAACAUUAACAAGUGGUGUAGCACUAACACAACUUGUUGGGGGAAAUACAGCUCUUGCUCUAGCAAUGACUGUAAUUUCUAAUUUGCUUGGUGUUCUAACUGUACCCUUCUUGGUCUCAAGAAUCGUAGCUGAUGGUUUUGGUUUAUCCAUCCCAACUGGAAAGCUAUUUUGGAGUCUAAUAUUCACACUUCUCCUUCCUUUAGUUCUUGGAAAGGUGGUCCGGGAUAGAUUCAAAGGUAUUGCGAACUACAUUGAUCAAAAUUCUAGGACAUUCUCAGUAAUCAAUACCUUCCUCCUCAGCCUUACCCCAUGGACGCAAGUAAGUAAAUCUCGACCAUUGCUCCUAAUGGUGAAGCCUCAAGUCUUUAUUGAAGCUAUUGGCAUGGGCAUGUCUACCAGAGCAUGGGUGUAUUCAUAUGGGCACGGCUGCAUGGGUGUGCCCGCUCGAAAACGUGCAGAAUUUAUUACUUUUCCUGCAUUAUGGUCUUCACACCCAAUUGUGGAAAUUAUAGAAGAGAGAGCCUAAUAAAUUGUACCCUGGAGAAGGGAAGUAACCUUUCUAUGCAUUUUCCCUUUUGGGAUAUUUUUGAGUGGAAGUGUUAAAGAACUCGGACAAAGUAUAUGCAAAUUCAAACUGCUUGAACUAGUUGCAUGGACAAAUGAAAAUUCAUGGAAUUAAUCUUCAAACUAACGCAUUUCAAUGCAUUUAGUAAUAGGUACUUAUGCCAUUCAAGGCCGAGAUUAUAACUAGAUGAGAUGUGCAAAUGCAAACGACAAAACUAUUUCAGAGGAAAUGUAUAUUGGGUUUCUGUGCAUUUAAUACUCUUUAGGGACACCAUUAUGUGCAUAGGGAACUAAUAUUAUUUGUUCUGUUUUUGCAAUACUAUUUUCUUUAUCAUGCCUUCAUUCUGUACUAAAGUUGGUCAAUGCAGACAGAAUAAAAUAUAUUUUCUAUG